CCUCAUUCGAUUGCGGCGGGACCCCGCGACGUUCUCCAGUCGUCAGUCGACCACAGUUGCGAUUAGAGCUCGAUGCCGACGGAAGGAAGAUAAGACCCUUCCUCACAACCGCUGCGAAACAUAUUACGCGGAGCAAAUAUUUUUGUAUGUUAUAACUUGUAAGCGAGGACCGCGCGCGCGCAAAAAUCCCACAACCGUGCGCGCCAGUUUUACGAUCGGUACUGUUGUGUCGUGUUGCCGUUUUCACCGGCGUUGCUGGUUUUUCACAAAUCAGGUUGUCCAUCCUUGAUCCGCUGCUCCUCUUUUCGCCGUUACGCUAGGCUAUCUGAUCCGCAUCUGCGAUCGUUGCACACUUUUGUCGCGUGUGUAGGAGUUGUGUGUGCGCGCGUCGUGUUUUUACGAUACAUACGGACGAGGAAGAGACUGUGCGGGAUGUGAAACUCUGUGGCUGCUAACAGUGUGUGACAUAUUUGUCGUAAUAUAUUACGCUGGUGCCGUUGCCGUUGCCGGUUAAACACUUUUUUCUCAUCUUCCCGCGUUACAUGCUGAUUCGUCGCUGCUCAUUUUGACCGUUGAUAAUCAGUGUUUCUGUGUCGAGGAGAACACGUGGGUGAACCGACGGAAGAACUUCCUGGAACACCCUGCAUUUUAUCUUAUUCAGGCUAUUCGAGUAGCCGAUGCAACUGCCUCGGUGGGGAGGCUGAAGGAAAAUGCGAGGUGCGUAGAUCGUCGGGCUUUCUGACCGAACGGUGCAGCGGAAACGGAAGUGAAACUAGCAGAGGUCGGUUGUUAUGCUGUCACGGUAUCGUCUUCCACUUCCAACAUCGACGGCCUCGUCUUCGUCGUCAUGGGAGCUGAAAACACAUUCGCAACUUGCGAUCUCGUUUGAUUACCUUACCUGUCGAGGAUAGAAUUGUCUAUAGUUGUUUGCCGAACGGUAAAUGCGGCAAUCGCUCGACGUCUUCAUCGUCAUCUCGACGUUAUUGAGCCCCACGAAUAAUAACGUCACCGACGGGGCAAGAAACUGAUUGUCAACUGCAGUCUUCGAACACAGGGAGAGGAUAUUAUGGAGUUCGACGACGUUGGAACGAGCGAUCUGCGGGAACUCUGGGAGUCGUAUCUUGCCGAGACGGCGAUGGGACACGACGUCCCGAUGUCGAUGCGGGACGAGGAAUGGAGCAGCGCUACCUGCGUGUCGAGGGAUAAGUUGGAACCGGGCGUAGUCCUGAGGGAUCGUCUGAUGACGGACGCUGCUCUUGGAGGUCCGAGACCGAUAAAAUCCGAGCACAGCUACAGCCUCCUUGCCUCCAGCCCUCCGUCGAGUCCGGCGAUACCCGGCAACGACAGUCCCGACGCUCCGAGGGAGGGAAAAAACCCCGAAUCCACGACACUCCUCAACGGGCACCAGGUCCUAGUUCUCAGGAACAGGAUAGACGACAUGGAGGAGGAGUGCUUCCCGGCGAUUUCGCUAAACCGAGCAUCCGGACGAGGAGCGGGCGCCGAGUCACCCUCGCCAUCCCCGUCGGCCUCCCCUUCGCCCCACACCGCGAAUGAAACCCUGACCACCCUUACCGUGCAGAUCAAGGAGGAACCGUUCAGCCCUGAAUCCCUGUCUGCUCGAGGCACGAUUGAAACCGUCGCAAUCGCUCCUAAUUACCACAUCGAAUUUGAACGAUCCUCCGUUCCUUACGCGACCAGCGACAGCGAGGAUGACGAGGUGGAGUAUUACCAGAGCACAGAAUUGGACGAGUCGAACGGCGAACUGGCGACCGCGAGUUCGAGUUCCAGCUCGACAGGCAUGUCGAUUGGAGACGGGGGCGGCGCCGCCGGAAACGGAAGUAGCAGCGGGAGGCAGGGACUUCCUCCAACACCGCCGAGCAGCGCGAGUUCCGACAGCGAAGGCGCAGUGUCUGCAUUCUCUUCACCGGAACGGAGAGUGUCCGAAAGUCUUCGAGGACUCUUGAAUCCCCGGUUCAACGGGAUUUCAAAUUCUCCGGGAAACAGGGGGGCAGCCGGACAUCACCUUCACGGCCACGUUACCAGGCAGCCAAUUCAUACACCGCUGAUUUCUUGCCAGCCGAAGGGUUCGACGGGUAUUCUAACUUUGACGGACGAGGAGAAACGGACGCUGAUAGCCGAGGGUUACCCUGUACCAACGAAACUCCCGCUCACGAAGCAAGAGGAAAAAUCGCUGAAGAAAGUACGCAGGAAAAUUAAAAACAAGAUAUCGGCGCAAGAGUCACGAAGAAAGAAAAAGGAAUACAUGGAUGGACUUGAGAGACGUGUGACGAUAUUGGCUCAGGAGAAUUCGAGCUAUAAGGAUCGGCUAACGACGCUCGAAGGAACGAAUCGCGAGUUACUGAGGGAGCUGCAGCGACUUCAGGCGAUGUUGCGAACCUCCUAGAAGCAUAAAUGACCGCGCACUUUUGGUGGGAAAAUAAAAAAACGAUUACGUCGUUUAGAUUAUUUGCAUUGUACGUUAUAAGUAAAGAAUUUUCGCCAAAAUAUUUUCCUCGUUUGGGAAAAUCGCUGAAGGUACAACCAUUGGGCCUUUUACACUUUUUUUCCUAUGUCGCAGUAUAACGCGUAUCAAAGAUAUGAUUAUAAAAUAACAAUCGUGACUUAAAAAAUCCUAAGAGGGCUUCCUGAGAUAAAAAUUUCAUGAUAGAUUUUUUUUUCUCUUCUCGUGGUCGGGGUUAGUAUGUGCGAAUUUAGGUGAAAAAUUUUGAUCAAUUAUACAAUGUCUAAUUACGUACGUUAUCGCAUCGCGGGGGAUGCGAUUUAUCGUAAGUCGACCAAUCAUCAGUGCCUGAUUAACGUUUUUAUAUACAUAUAAUGCACGCCCAAGCAUUGUGUAAUAUAACAAUAGAGAAUAUUUCAUGGCCGGGAAAGUUGUCGAAUAAUUGAAGAAUUCAAUCAAUCGUACAAGGUAAUAGUAGUUGCCUAAGGUAUAAUUAUGUAUAAUAGAUAGCCAGCCGGGCACUCGACGAUCGCAUUGAAAGUACAAAAAAGAAAAUAUAAAAAAAAAAAAAAAAAAAAAAAAAAAACAACAACAAAAAAUCGUAUAGCAAAACAGUUAUUGCUGCGAACUAUUCCACGUUAUUAUAUGUAAUUACUAUAAUUAUAAAUAAUUGAAAAAUAACUAUAUCACACUAUACAUAUACAUACGGCGUUAGGUAUACGACUGACGAAUUAUUAGUACAUAGUGUAGGUAUCGUGUGCGUUAUAUUUUUACAAUGUUGAGUGACAUAUUCGAGUGAAAGAAGAAUCAGAUAAACAGAAAUGGUGUGAAUUUGAAGUAAAUUUUGAAAAGUUAAUCAUUUUGAAACUUAUCGAUUGAGUAUCGAAUAACUUUCAGAAGAAACAAGCGAAUAUACAAAAUAAACGGGGGGGAUACACGUAAAAUAUUUAACUUUCGUGAAUCGAUGACUGUUUUUUGUGGCAAUCAAAUCGUUUAUAUGAUAUAAACAAUUAAAUAUCGAGAUGAGGGGCAUGAUGCAAACGACCAUUUUCAAUUUUAAUGAUAGAGCAAAGUGUGUGCGGCGGUAAAUAUACAUACCUAAAUAUACUUGAAAAUCGUUUUAUAAUGAGCGUUAACAUGCUCUACUAUAAAAUUACUGAUGACACGUGCGCUGUCAUAUUUGUACGCGGUGUUUGUGCUCCUACGACCAUACGCCAGAUAUUUACCCAUUUCAAUCGUUUUAUGUAUACAGGCGUUAAAAUUUCGUCAAGUUUUCAUGAAAAAAAUAUCUGUUCUUCCAACGGGUGACGCCGAUCAAUUCCAUAGAAAAUUGUUAUAUAUAUAUAUAUAUAUAUAUAUAUAUAUAUCCGUACAGCUUUUACCACAGCUGCGUAUUAUUAAAAUCUCGAAACCUUGAGAUAUAUUUUUUUUUCACGAAUCCGGCAACCCGGUUUGUUGUAUACUUAAAUUUGGUGCCCAUACGAAGGUUACCUUGGGUGAAUUUCUACCGCACGUGCGACAAUGACGGAUCCUGGAUGGCGGAUAGCGUUUUUCAUUCGCUUUACUGUCGGCAUUUUUAUUAUUUUACUGUUAUAACACGGUUACUAUUACUAUUGCAACUGUUUAUUCGGUUUACACAGUUUCUGCAACCAAGUAAUUAUUAUAAUUUAACAAAAAAAAAAAAAAGAAAAAAAAAAGGAAAAAUUGGAAGCGAAAUUUAGUAUUGUUUGGUAUAGUAAUAGCCGAAUUUGCAUU